AUGGCUAGAGGACCAAAGAAGCACCUUAAGAGAUUGGCAGCCCCAUCCCACUGGAUGUUGGACAAAUUGUCUGGUACUUACGCCCCACGUCCAUCCCAAGGUCCACACAAAUUGAGAGAAUCUUUGCCAUUGAUUGUCUUCUUGAGAAACAGAUUGAAGUAUGCUUUGAACGGUAGAGAAACCAAGGCUAUCUUGAUGGAAAGACACGUCAAGGUUGACGGUAAGGUCAGAACUGACGCUACCUUCCCAGCCGGUUUCAUGGAUGUCAUCUCCCUCGAUGCCACCAACGAAAACUUCCGUUUGGUUUACGAUGUCAAGGGUAGAUACGCUGUUCACAGAAUCACUGAUGAAGAAGCUUCUUACAAAUUGGGUAAGGUUAAGAGAGUCCAAUUGGGUAAGAAGGGGAUCCCAUACGUUGUCACCCACGACGGUAGAACCAUCAGAUACCCAGACCCAGCCAUCAAGGUCAACGACACUGUCAAGAUCAACUUGGCUUCUGGUAAGAUCGAAGACUUCUUGAAGUUCGACACUGGUAAAUUGGUUUACGUUACCGGUGGCCGUAACUUGGGUAGAAUUGGUGUCAUCACCCACCGUGAAAAGCACGAAGGUGGUUUCGACUUGGUUCACAUCAAGGAUGCUCUUGACAACACCUUCGUCACCAGAUUGGGUAACGUUUUCGUUAUCGGUGAAUCUAACAAGCCAUGGAUCUCUUUGCCAAAGGGUAAGGGUCUUAAAUUGUCUAUUACUGAAGAAAGAGACAAGAGAAGAAGACAACAAGGUUUGGAAGCUUAA